AUGGGCGUACAGACAGCAAUCCAAACUCGAGGCUGGUUCGGCCGCGGAAGGUCUUUACAGAUCGCUGUGAGCUGUUGUUGUCUACUCGCCUUCACACUCUUUGGCUACGACCAAGGAGUUUUUAGCGGUAUCCUGCAGAAUGAGGAUUGGCUUGAUCAAUUCGGCCAUCCGAGUGAUACUCACACUGGUAUCAUCGUCGCAUCGUAUAAUUUGGGUUGUCUUGUUGGUUGUUUCAUCAAUUUUUGGAUCGGAAACCCUCUAGGGCGGAGAAAGGUGAUAUGGCUCGCAGCCUCGAUUAUCAUAAUCGGUGCAAUCCUGCAAUGCUCCGCAUACAGCGUGGCGCAUUUGGUUAUUGGCCGUAUUGUCACCGGCAUGGGAACUGGGCUGGAAACAUCAACAGUCCCCAUGUACCAAUCUGAGCUUUGCCAAGGGCACAUGCGAGGUAGACUUGUUUCGGCUGAAGUCCUAUUUGUUGGUGUUGGCAUAACAAUUGCAUACUGGUUUGAUUUCGGGAUGUCGUUUGCUGGUGGACCUGUUGCGUGGCGUCUUCCUAUCGCGUUCCAGAUCGUAUUUGCCGUCAUUGUAAUCAUUCUUGUUUUCGGGUUGCCGGAAUCUCCAAGGUGGCUCUAUAAUCACGAUAGAGCGGAGGAAGCCCUGCAGGUUCUUUGUACUAUCUACGACAAACCUGCGGAUGAUGCGUUGAUUCGGCACGAGACGGGUCAGAUUAUCGAGGCUAUACAAUUGGAAGAACGUAAUGGUCGUUUCAAGUGGCGCAAUAUAUUCAAGAGAGAUGGCGUGCAGACUGGACGACGGGUUCUGCUGGCUUGGGGAAUGCAGUGUAUGAAUCAAAUUGGAGGAAUCAACCUGGUCGUUUAUUACAUCCCAUCUGUUCUGGUGGAAAAUGUUGGGAUGACCGCGCAACUUGCGCAAAUCCUUGGUGGCUGCAUCAACAUGAUGUUCAUGUUCGGAUCCCUCGUUCCAUCCUUCUUCCUAGACCAAAUGGGUCGUCGCAAGACUAUGUUCUGGGGCUGCGCAGGACUUGGUCUUUCAAUGAUGAUGAUCUCCAUUUUGUUGAGCUUCCAGGGAACUUCUGUCGAGAAACCAACGGCCUCUGCCAGCGUUGCUUUCUUUUUUACGUAUAUGUUGAUCUUUGGGGGGACGGUGAAUUGUGUUCCGUGGGUCUACGUACCAGAAAUCUUACCCCUGGAAGCUCGUGCUAAAGGAACGGCUGUCGGAGUAUCCAGCAAUUGGUUGUGGAACUUUACGAUUGUGAUGAUCACACCAAUCAUCAUUAACAGGCUUCAGUGGAAAGCCUACCUUAUCUUCAUGGCUACGAAUCUUGCGUUCAUUCCAAUCGUGUAUUUCUUCUACCCUGAAACAAGCAACAAGUCAUUGGAAGAUAUCGAUUUUCUCUUUCUUGGUUCUGAUAUUGAGAAGGGGACCAUCGGCCACGAAGAUAGACUUCGAAAGCCAGAGACGCAUGAGCCGAUCACGGAGCAUUUGGAACAUAAGUGA